AUGACUGAAUGGGAGGACACGCUUCGUUUUGAAAUGGACAAUCAAUCGCUGGUCUAUCGGCCUGGUGAAUUUGUGUCGGGCACUGCUAUCCUGAGGCUAACUGAACCCUGUACGGCUCGCGUAGUGACCAUUAAGCUACGCGGUUUCGCCAAGACGAGAUGGGAAUAUAGGCGAAGUUCCAGGCGACAUGAUCACACGUCCUACUCUCACACCGAUCGCUAUGGGGGCGAUAUUGACAUUGCGCGUCAAGAAGUUGUCGUUUGGAGUGAUCAGCAGUCGGAGAAAAUUCCCGCCGGGAUGCAUCAAUUUAAAUUUCAAUUCCAAUUACCACCAAGUUGUCUUCCCUCCUUUGAGGGUGAAUAUGGACAAGUCAGAUACCGAUUACAUGCCGAAGUCGAUCGCCCAUGGCGCUUUGACCACGAUUGCCACCUCACAUUUACCGUAACAACACCAUGCGACCUGAAUCUAUACCCAGAACUGAAAGAGCCAGCAUUCCACAUCGUUUGUGAGAAGACCGGAUUGCCGUUGUUUCGCAGAGGUGAUGUCGGCGUUGAGGUGUACAUGCCGAAGAAAGGGUUUGUCCCCGGUGAAACCAUUCCUGUCCGGAUUACGAUAAAAAAUGAGAGUUCGAAGGAUAUGGAGAAGGUGACCCUAACCCUUCGCGAAUACGCAGACUAUGCCGGAUACUACGGCGCUGAUAAUCAGUUCCCGGUAAACGCCUUAUUCUCUGCAGCAGCCACUGGUGACUCCUUGAAAGAACAGAGAAGAAACGUAGCUUCUGUUGACUUUAAAUUAAAUAUGGCCGCCCACGCAGAAGGCAGCUUCGAUUUUGGACUUCAAAUCCCGCCAGUUGUCGCCUCUUUCCAGUGUGCUUUGAUUCGUGUGUAUUACAUGUUAAGGAUUGAGGUCGAGACAAGCGCUACCUUCAACUCAACCGUCAAACUGAAGAUGCCAGUUGUAAUCGGGACUCUACCAUUUAGAGAGAACUUCCCUCUUCCCGCCGUCAAUACCGCCGGAUAUCCAAACCACGUAAUUCCGAAUCCGCAGCCCACGCAACAACCUGGCUUCGUACGGGACGCUCCAGAAUUUGCGCCACAACCCACUACGGCACCAACUGCUCCGCCCAUGGAAUAUUCUGGACCGUCAGCGCCUGGAGUGGAUGCGCCGCCAUCAUAUGCGGAAAGCGUUUUUGGGGCCACGGCACCGGAGGGAGACGAAAAGCCGUUUGCUCCUCGUUUCCCCUUCUACCCCAGCUUAUCCGAUGACUCCCUCAAGGUGCCGCCGAAGGAA